UAGUGCUAUAAAUAAGAGCCUCAGGUAAUAAAGUCUCCUUCAAAAUUCAUUGACAAUCUCUUAAGAUUAGAGGAAAAUAGUUCAAUCAAAUGGCUACCAUUGAUGUUCCUAACCAGGUUUCAUUUCUUGAAGAUGCAGAAGCCCUUCGAAAGGCUUGUCAAGGAUGGGGGACCGAUGAAAAGGCAAUAAUUUCGGUAUUGGGUCAUAGAAAUGCAGCUCAAAGAAAGCAAAUCAGGCUGGCUUAUGAAGAACUCUACCAGGAAGAUCUUAUCAAGCGUCUCGAAUCAGAGCUUUCUGGUGAUUUUGAGAGAGCGGUGUAUCGUUGGAUAUUGGAUCCAGCAGAUAGAGAUGCUGUGUUAGCUAAUGUGGCCAUAAGGAAAAGCAGCCCUGAUCACCAUGUGAUCAUUGAAAUAUCAUGCACUAGAUCCCCUGAAGAGCUCUUGGCUGUAAGGAGAGCCUAUCAGGCUCGAUACAAGCAUUCCCUGGAGGAAGAUGUUGCUGCUCAUACCAAGGGAGACAUCCGAACGCUCUUAGUUGUCUUGGUGAGUGCAUUCAGAUAUGAUGGAGAGGAGAUAAAUACCAGAGUAGCAAAUUCUGAAGCCAAGACUCUUCACGAUGCUAUCAAAGACAAGGCCUUCAACCAUGAAGAAGUUAUCAGGAUCAUGAGUACAAGAAGCAAGAUGCAACUUAUGGCAACUUUCAAUCGGUACAGAGAUGAUCAAGGCACUUCCAUCACAAAGAAUUUGCCGGGUGCUUCAGGUGAUGAAUUCCUGUUGGCACUGCGUACAGCAGUUCGUUGCCUCAAUGACCCGAAAAAGUACUUUGAAAAGGUUUUGCGCAGUUCGAUCAAAAGGACCGGAACUGAUGAGGAUGGUCUUACCAGAGUGAUCGUUACAAGGGCAGAAAAGGACUUGAAAGAGAUCAAAGACCUUUAUUACAAAAGAAACAGUGUGCCUCUUGAUCAAGCUGUUGCCAAGGACACCUCAGGGGAUUACAAGGCUUUCCUUCUUACUCUGUUGGGGAAGGAAGAUUGAAAUCGUUACAGGCCAUUUGCAGGUUUCAAUAAGUAUCUGGUUGAUUUGAGUCAGUAUCAUCUUGAUCCCGGCUUAUGUUUCUAUGUGGCGUGAUCCUAUUUGCUUUUCAUUUAGUCUGGCUGUAAUGGAGUGGUUAUUUUCCUAAGCAGUUGUCUGAAAUGUAUUUUUCUUUAAUCUGGUUUUAAUGGAGUGGUUAUUUUCCUAAGCA